CAAUUAACAAGGGUAAUAAAAGCAUAGUUAAAACACCUUUACAUGGUUAAUGGUUAAAUCUUACCAAUUUGAAAUCUUUAUUAUUUGAAUCAUUCAUUUGGCCAAAUAGGCAAAAAAUUGGAUUGAAAGCUCAACCUUUCGCUUAAACUGUCAACAGUAAAAAUUAUUGUUGCGUCAAUUAAUCUGUCUUUCUCAGCGUGAGGCUAAACUGACGACAUUUAAUUAUUAGCUUAAUUCAUAUGAAAAUAUUGACAAUCAACGUUCAUAUUAUAAUCAAUUACCUUGCUGAAAGACGUUAAGAUUAAGCCUGAUUUAUAGACUAAUCCUUUAAAGAUUGAUUGCAGGAUUUUGUUUACUGCCUUAUAAUUGCUUCUUGACUUUUAUAUGGAUAAUUGUCACAUUUGAAUUGUCUAAUGAGAUGAUGAACGAUCAAGGUAGAGUGCGAUCUUAUACAAUUGAAAAGUCAAUUGAAUCUUCAUCGACCAAUAUACCAACAUUAAAAGUAACCAAUCCACCAGGUCCAUUCAAUAUCAAUACCAUUGCAAAUGGAUCCAGAUCAAGAGCCUCUGUGGAUUCACGUCGUUACAGUCAAUAUACAACCUGGUCCAUUGGCAAUCAAAACAAUUCUGGCCGUGUAUCAAUUACACGCCGUAAAUCGGCGGUUAAUCCGGGGACAACCUCAAUUUGGUGUAAACUUCGCAUCGAUGUGAUGAUAUUUUUCCUAAUUUUUGCCUCAGCCGUUCAAAAUAUUACUGUUACAAGGAUUGAGAAUGAUAAAAUUUGCUUUAACCAGUUUCACUCUCGCAGUGAAUUUUGUUUCCCAAUGACACUGGAUGGACAGGACACUGUUAAUUUAACACUUCAAACGGUUAAACGGAUUUACAACAUUAAACCAAUCGAGUUGAGUUUAUCCAUAAUUCCGGCAACACUGACAACCGCUCUUUUCUCAAUCUGGAUCGAUGCCUAUCCAAAGUAUCUCAAGUAUAUGGUCAGCAUACCAACAUUGGGAUUCAUUUGUCAAGUUGUCAUUUUACUUGUAAACACAUCCUUCUUUGAACUAAAUAGUGUAGCCUCAAUACUCUCUUACAUACCCUUUGGCCUUCUUGGUGGUACAAUAAGUCCAAUGACUGCCGUAUAUAUUUUCAUAUCGAGGACAACACAAUUUAAGGAUCGUUUACUUCGAUUUGCAAUAUUACACACUUUUGUUAUAACCGGUUCAAUAAGUGGAACCAUGGUCGGUGGUUGGAUUUUAAGAUCAAGGCCUUGGACAACAGCUCAACCCGAAAAUUACAUUGGGUUAUUAGCCUUUGUAUUGAUAAUUGGUUUGAUCUGGUUAACCUUUUUCUUGCCAAUAUCACCAUUUGUGACGCCAAUAGAGACCAGUGGCACAGAUAAUAUAUCUGAAUACUCUUACAAGACUACAGUUUCUAAUUACUACAUUUCCCAGAACAUAUUCAAAUUGUCCAAUCUUCGUGUUAUGUGGUACACAUUUACUCGACCGAGACUUGAAAAUGGACGUCUAAGACUUUGGCUUCUUAUCGCUGGGUUGCUAAUUAUUUUGUGUUGUACUUCUGGUCGAGCCAGGAUUCAUUUUGACUUCUCUGCUCGUGUCUACCAAUGGGAUCCAAUGUUGAUCACCUUUAUUAAUCUUCUGAUAAUUUUGGUUCCAACUCUUUUUACUCUGGUAACUGCACCAAUACUUACCAAAACUCUAGACUAUGAGGAUACAACUGUUGGUAUUAUUGGAUCAAUUUCACUUCUCCUGAUGAACAUUGUUCGAGGUUUCUUCCUUCAACCUCAAGGAUUCAUUGCUUCUUAUCUUUGUGGCUGUCUUUCUGGUCUUGUAACUAUCUCAAUAAGAUCAAUAAUAUCUAAAAUUAUUGAAGAAUAUGAAAUUGGACAAAUUUUCAGCAUUUUAUCCACAUUGGAACACAUAUUUCCCAUUUUGUUUUCAAUUUUCAGCGAAAUCAUUCUUAAUUAUACUUUCUCUAUAAAUCCUGGUUUCAUUUUCUGGUUCUUCUCGACUCUCCUUGUUUUCCCAGUUUUAUUGAUGAUUUGGUUACGAGCAACCAAAUCUAAUUGGAAUUACUCUGAAACCCAACAAUUUAUACUAUCCUGAUCAACUUUGAAUAAUUAGUUUGUAAUAUUUUUUAUCCAAUCAAAUGUAAACAUAUUUUGAUAUAUACAAUCGAAAUGGCAAUAAAAAUUAAACCACAAUAAGCCAGAGAGUUAAAUCCAAA